AUGAUUUCAUGGCAAAAUGUUACCAGCUUUCUGGAGACUUGGAUAGGCUAUGUGGUUAUUAACAAUACUGAUAUAAAUUUAUCAGAUAUAAAUCCAAUUGGUGAUCGAUACCAAUUGACUUAUCUUCCAGCAAGAAGCAUCAGGUAUAGUCGGUUGAUGCAAUAUAUUCUUAUGAAAGGAUUAAAUAUGACAGCAAAUGGGCCCUUUUUGAGUUACCAGUUCUUGAAGUUGACACUUAGCUCGGAAGCUGAACUUCUGUGUCAAAGACAUGAUGGACAAAACAAUAUUUCACAACAUAUAAUUGGUGUUAACUGCUGGACACUGCUUGGAUUUCCCAUGCAUACUACACGAGGUAUUGAGCAAACUUUUUACAGCUGUGCUAGCAUAAUUGAAGCAGGCGUAAAGACCAUCAAAUUGCAAUCUAGUACAACAGGAGAAAUUAAUGUAACAGAUGUGCAAACCAUUCCAGCACAAUGGUAUAUUGAAAAUGGAGGCCUUGGUAUUAUUAUUGCUGAUAUGAAUCCUUGGUGGGGAGGAGUUGAAUUUGGAGAAAAACUUCCUAAUAAUAGUUUAUUAGUGAGCGAAAAUACUCUUUUGUUACCAGUAGGAGCUUCUAACGUAUUUAGUAGUUCUGAUGCAAAUGCUGCUUCUGCUCCUGGUAAUGCAAUUAAUACGAUGAUUGGCCUUUAUGAUAUGUUAGCUGGUUAUCAAGCAGAUGAAAAUGGAUUAACUGAAGAGGGUAUAAGUGGUAUGUACCAACGCCAGUGCAAUGAUAUUAUGAUCAAUAUGGUGACUCCUACCAACCAAGCUAAAAUCGUUAGUACUGCUCAAUUUACGAUUGACAAAACAUGCUAUGAUCUAUUUUUUGCUGCACAAUACUUUGUGGCCAUGAUUGGACUAAUAAUGAUAUUCUGCAUACUUUUAGCAAGUCUUAUGAAUGUUGGUUCUUUCAAUGCAUUGACUAAAAUUGGGCAUGUUGUUCGGAAAAUGGAUCUUGGUAGAGCAAUAUUAAAUGCACAAGGAUAUGGAGAGUCGAGCACAGUAGGUUCAUCAAAAUGGGUAAAAUAG